AUGGAGUCUCCGAGCUCGCGGGGUCUAGUGCUGCGCGCUAUUCUCUCCGCACUUUGUGCUCACCCACUUCCAUCCACUGUAACUGUCACUGUCAAAGAUAUCGUUCAGGCUUCAGCGUGCCAGCGUCCCAGAUUACAGAGUUUUGGACUCCAAACUAAUACCCGCCCAGCUUUUAGUUCUGCCAGGAUCCAUGCAUCCCCCGAAACCUUAUUUACUUUGGGGACAUUAAAUUCUAGACCGCGAAUUACCGACCCGCAUGAAAGGCCUAUCUCUAGCCUAUCUACGGGGCAUUGCGGGUACACUAUUCGUAAAUAUGGCUUGACUUUAGAGCGCACUGGACAUUAA